AUGAGCUCUAACAUUUCCCCGUCAAGUAUCAAUAAUACGCUAAAUGACAGCAGACCACCAGCUAAUGUCGAACCAUACCGCCGGAAGAAUUCUAGACUACCGCUAGUCAAUUUUGACUUAAGACGAUAUAAGUCAACAUACUAUCGGCGUCUAAAAAAGUACAAUCUGGAUUGGAAGAAGCGUGUAGAAGAAUCAUAUGCGAAGAUUCUUGCAAGUGAACCACAACCUGAAACAAUGGCAGGAAACAUGGUUACUCCCCAACAAAUUAUCGUUCCAGUUGAUGUUCCUUGUAAUAGCAUGGCACCUACACCGUCAUUUGAUGAGCAUUUACCGAAUGAACAACUGUCUGCAACAGAGGAAGUUGACCAAACCGAGUGCACUCCAGUGGAUUCUGUUCGCAACGUCGUCUACAGAUGCAAGCUGAAUAUGACUACUACUCGUAUUUUGCUGGAAGAAUUAA